AUGGCGAGUCGUGCAGUAAGAGGGGUUGCAAUUGUCUUUGUUGUUGCUCUGUUGUGCAGCGGGGCAUCUGCGGGAAACAUAAGCAUAUACUGGGGUCAGAAUGGAUUCGAAGCCACUCUUGCCAGCACCUGCGCAAGCGGCAACUUCGAAAUUGUGAUGCUCGCGUUUCUAAGUGAGUUUGGCAACGGCCGGACUCCAGUGCUCAAUCUGGCAGGUCACUGCGAUCCUCCAUCGGGAACGUGCAAAUCGCUGAGUGCCGAUAUUGAGUCCUGCCAGUCCAGCGGCGUAAAGGUGUUUCUGUCCCUCGGAGGAGCCUGGGGAAGCUAUUCAAUUGCCUCCGCAGAUGACGCGCAAGAUGUGGCCACCUAUCUCUGGAACAACUAUCUCGGAGGGAAUUCGGGCUCUGGGCCUCUAGGAGCCGCCGUUCUGGAUGGCAUAGACUUCGAUAUCGAAGCCACGACGGAGCACUGGGACGAUCUGGCCAAGGCCGUGUCUGCUCUUAGCACCUCUUCAAAGAAGGUGUAUCUCAGCGCCGCUCCGCAGUGCCCCUAUCCCGAUAAUCACCUCGGAGUGGCCUUGCAGACUGGCCUAUUCGACUACGUGUGGAUCCAGUCCUACAACAACCCUCCUUGUCAUUAUGCAAAUGACGACGCUACCAAUCUGGUGAAUUCAUGGACCCUUUGGACCACAUCUGUUCCCACUGCUCAAACAGGGAGCUUCUACCUUGGCCUUCCGGCUGCGCCUGCUGCUGCCCCCAGUGGCGGCUAUAUUGAACCAGACAUACUCAUCUCUCAAGUGCUGCCUCAGAUCAAGGGUUCUUCAGCAUAUGGAGGAGUCAUGCUGUGGUCCAAGUACUAUGACGAGCAAACCAAUUAUAGCUCGUCCAUCAAAGAUUACGUAAUCAGGAAGCCGUCCCUUGUUGAGGUGCCUACUUUGGCCUCUGCCUGA